AUGUAUGAAAUCAAUGACGAUCUGAAAUCUCUGCUGGUCAAUUUCAGCCUUAAAGCGGCACGAGACUUGAUCAGACUUCUGGAAUCUUACCGCGUCAACACCCUCACGGAGCUCUGCCAGCUCGAGCGCACCGUCAUGUCCACCGAACGCGAGGUCGACGCACGAGCUCUCCAAGAGCCCAUGGAGGCUGCCUUGCGGUACUAUGUCACUUCACACCGUUUUUUCUGCGAGUUGCGCGGUUUGACGCCCACGUUUCCCUUCAGCGGCGAGUUGGUCGCCGAGGCGCACGCGCGUGUUGUGAGCGAUCCGGAGAGCAGGCUGCGUAGCUGGAACCUGCCGUGGCUUUGCUUGGUCAAGAUGAAGGAAGAUGGUCUCCUGGUGAGUUAUGCCAAUUUCCAGGCGCACAAGCCGGAGAUGUGGGAUGGCAUGAUCCCUUCGCAGGAGCAACUUGCGAGCCUCGUUUUUUAUUUUCAGAAGGCGUGGUCCGAGGCGGUUGAAACCAUGCUGAGGAACUGGGAUAUCUCUCCCACAUGGAGCUACCGUGCACAUUGGAGGGUACUGGCAUCAAGGUCUUGA